GCGCGCAUUUGCCCAACCGCCCUAACCGCAACCGCCAUCUGCCAUGGGCUCCAAAAUCUCCUCGAGACGUGGUGGCUGCCAUGCGCGGUGUCAACUGCCGGAUAGUGCGGUGGAGGAGGGCGGCUCUGAGCAUGUGAAAAUUAGGAACCUGGACACGGGCGAAAUGCAAGAUGCUCAGGACAUGUUCUUCGACGUGUGGCAGGAAACCUCGCGGCUGCCCUGGGCCAAGUUAUGGCAAGACUAUCGUCGAAGCACUGAACAGCUCUUCGAAGCGGCUCUGACGGGUAAAGCUGCGGUGGUUCGUUCCCUGCUGCUGCGGAAUGAAAGCGAUGAGGGCCAGGAGGUGUAUCCCCUGACCACAGAAGUGAGGGGCUUGUACGGUCGAACUGCUCUGCACGUGGCCGCCUCCGCUGGUCAAGUUGAGGCUGCGGAGGCCCUUCUGUCCUUGGGGGCCCACAUCGACGCUCAAACCGACGCUGGCUUCACUGCCUUGCACCUGGCGUGCCGUCAGGGCCACAUGGAACUGGUUGACUUGCUGGUCCAGAACGGCUGCGACCUGGUUCUCCAGGCGGACCAGGGCGAAACGGCCUUACACCUGGCCGCCAUGCACGGCAGGCCGCAGGUGGUGACGCAUCUGCUGGGCAAUGCUCCGGACUUGUACCACAUCAGAAACAACUACGGGCAGCGACCUCGCGAGGUAUCUCUGGAUGCGGCCACGGCCAUGGCCUUUCAGCACGAAUCCCUGGGGUCCAUCACGUCCUUGGCAUCCUCGUCCUCCAGCAAUCAGUCCUGUGAAGCCAUCGAUGGCUACGGCGGCCGAAGCCUUUGGAACGAGGCUGGGGUCCUGCGACGCAACUCGCGGCACGAUGCGGUGCAGCGACUGCUCCAAGGCGACUCCCUUGCCGCGCCCGCGCCGCCGAAGCGUGGCGCCGUGGCCGCUUCGUUACCGCGGCCUGAAACGAAGCGGGUGGCGAUCCAGCGGCACUUCACCAAACUUCAGGACAAGAAGGAUGGUGAGCCCGACGGAAACGUUGGUCCCAAGUCUUUUCGAAUCUUGUCCGUGCUGGGCCGUGGCAGUUUCGGAGAGGUCUUUCAGGUGACGCAGAAAACGACGGGACAGAUCUACGCCAUGAAGGUGCUGCGCAAGAAUAAGAUCAUCGGUCGAAAUCUCAUGCGUUACGCCCUGACUGAGCGGAACUUGCUGUCCUACAUCCGGCAUCCCUUCAUCGUUCGUCUGCACCACGCCUUUCAGACUCCCAGUUGUCUGGUGCUGGUGCUGCAGUACUGCCCUGGGGGCAACUUGUCUGCCCUGUUGCAGCGCGAAGGACAUCUGCCAGAAGCGCUCUCCAAGCUCUACACUGCGGAGGUGCUGCUGGCUCUGGAACAUCUCCACGAAAGAAACGUGGUCUACCGCGACCUGAAGCCCGAGACC